CUGAAGCAGGGCGAGCUCCGAUGUAGCCACAACUUCCUCAGUCCGGAUGAGUCCUUAAAAGUCCUCGAGCGCGUUGUGUGUUUGUGCCUUAAUUUUUUUUUUCUUCAAAAAACACCUCUUGCCCUUAUUUCAAGGGAGAAAGCGUCGUCUCCAUCUCUCGCGCAGGCUGGCUGGGCGCAAUGAAGAGACCCGCGGCCGGGGCGGGCGCCGCGCGCGAGCUGCUCCGGGACUACCUCGCCUUCUACCGCGCCAACGGGGCGGAAGGGAAACUUCUGGUCUGCAACGAGGCGGCCGUGAAGAGCCGCGCGCGGAGCCUGCUGGCCUCGGAGCCCGGCUUGGCGGGGGCUCCGGGGGGCUUCGACGUCGCCGGCCUCGCUGAGAGCUGCCUGGCGGCCAAGGGGGAAACGGGGGGCGUCGUCUUUCGGAAGCUGCUCAAAGCCUUCGAGUUCCUGGAGCUGAUUUGCGUCAACCUCUUCCUCUCUCCGUGGAGGAAAGAGAUCAAGUCGCUCAAGACUUUUACAGGAAACUUUGUCUACUAUGUGCAAUCUGUUCUCCCAGAAGGCAUAGUAGAAAAGCUACUGAAGGAAAUUGGCUACGUUGCAACUACCACCACAGAGUUUUCACUGGCCAAGAAGCUCAGUGAGGAGGAAACGGAACAAGCUGCCUUUGAAAUAUUCCUUGCACGAAUCCAGUGUGAAGACCUCCUUGAAAUUGCAGAGGAUGUAAGAGACAGCGAUCUGGUGGAUAUCCUACAGAAGAGAAGAGCCCAAAACCAUUGCUCUCCUGAAGAUAACAUAAACAGUAAGCACUGGCCCUGCCAGAGAAAGGAAUACAUGAUUAUUGGAGGAGGAAGUGAGACGCUUGAUCUUCAGCAGACCCACAGCAAGCUGGCCUCUGAAGCAGCUGAAAAUGGUGAGCAAAGAAAUGAACUUUGUCUCAAAUUGACUACAGAAGAGACUCCACCGGCUGCUUCCAAAUUCACAAGUGAGCAAAAUGCAAGCCAAGCCCAGGGAAGUGCUUUGGCAAACUCCUGCAUCAAAAGCUCCGAUAGUGAGGAUUUCUUGAUUAAAUACAGUGACAUUGUCAUUGCGCAAAAGCCGCUCCACUUUUCAGAGCCCCAUCCAAAAGCCUCAGAGGACAAGACUCGGAACACAGGACUCCCUGGGUCAGGGCAGGGCCAACCAGCAAAUAAACCAUGGCCACUCACUUUCCUUUCUCCUGGUGCCAGUGGUCCCCAAGCCUUAGCCAUACUUAAUGAUGUUGCUUUGGAAGGCAAAGUCCCUUAUGGCUACAGGAGCCAAGAAUCCUCUCGGGAGACUAUUGAAUCUCAGAUCUGCGAUGCCAUGAGCUGCCUUGCAAUUCAUGAAUCAGAUUCAACAGACCAGCCAAAAGAACUGAAAGGGAACACGCCGCAUCACAACAAUAAAUUCAUGGCAUGCAACUAUGCAAGCAAAGAGGGAACCUGUGACUCAUCCUUGGCUAAUCUUAAGGAAGAUGGUGUAGAGUGUCUUGUGUAUCCCGUAGAGGAAACAGCAGGUCCAGAAUCCCUAAGUACCAAGAGAGGCAUCCAGGAACUGCAACAUUCUAGGAUGAAACUUUCAGACCAACCCGGUAGGGAUAGAGAGGGCUACAACAUUGACCUCUACUCAUCAGCGCUCUUCUGCAAUAUCGCUGGGUGCAAUUGUCCCACGGGUGGCUCAGGUUAUGAGAGACUUCUGGUAGGCAUUCCAGGAUCAGGGGAAACUGCGGAGUACCUUAGGCACAUGGGUGAACCACCCGACUCAACUUGUAUCACCCACCCUGAGGUUGGAUAUCAUGGCGGUGUUCCAGCAAACAUUCAGUGCAGAGGGGAAGGAUGUCACUCCUCUUUUGCAGGCUCCGAUAGUUGUGUUGUACCAGUGAAUGAAACUAGCCCAGAGGGUUAUGUCAUUAUAAACAAAGAUGAUUAAAAAAUUAGUCCAACAGAGCCUUCUGCGGCCAAACAGCAGGUGGUUUCUUGAGAAUGGAGGGUUGUAGGUGGUGGAAUGCCUCGUGCCAAGCAGCUUCCUUCUUUGUCGUUCCACAACCAUCAUUUGCCUUUGGUGGAGUUUAGAGAAAAGCAGAGGAGGGCAGAAGAAAACUAUUGAGGUACAAUAAUAAAACAGCCAAAUACUGUGCCUAUUUAUUAAGUACUCUACUUAAUUAAAAUCUACUUCUGCGUACACUUACGUAGGACUGUACUGUCCUAUAGCAGGAAAAAGCACUCACCUAAACCUUACUGAGAUAUAUACCCCAUUUCAAUGCCAUUAUGCUACAUUACUCAAGACCAUUCUGUGCUUGUGUGCCCAACAAAGACCCCUACAAAAAUCAAUAGGCACCUGCUAAGUCAUAAAUUCCUAGCACUCUCCUCACUUACUGCACGAACAGCUGGAUUUAAAUUUCAAGCAGAACACAGACUGUAUAAGUGAAAUGGGUAGACUUACUAAAAAAAGGUGGCUUGACAGUGUUUGCAAACUGGUGGGCCACUGUAGAAGAAUAAAAUAUUUCCCUGCUAAACUAUUUCUGCAUCAAUAGGGGUGGGGAGCUACUUUUUUGGAAUAAAAGUGUGAAAAUGA